UUUGUGUACCCAAUAUACACGAUACAGUAGCCGUUUAUAGUUAGGUCGACGCAAAGGGCGCUCUGCCAAUUCAUUCCCGUUGAAUAAUUCGAGUUUAAACAAACAGUUUUAAGUUUAGUGAAAAUUUGCCGCUCUAUUUUUACUUUUAUUCAAAGAUGCUGGCCGUGCAAAUUCUUCUAGCAAUUCAGGUGAUAAUAUCAUCAGUUCCGGAAGGAUGUAGUUUGCACUGGAACCAUAUUGACCAAAAUGACUGGCCAGAAAUAUGUUUAAAAGGAAAGAGACAAUCACCUAUAAAUUUGGAUUCAAAUAUUGCACGGGAUCAGUCAUUCGCAAAAUUCCAUUUCAGCAAUUUUGACAAAGGAUACAGGGCAACUGCGAUUAAUAAUGGACAUUCCGUUGUAUUAACUUUAGAUGCAACUGCUUCGCGUCCAAAGGUAUCCGGUGGUGGUUUGUCAAAAGAAUACACAACAGAUCACCUACAUUUUCAUUGGCAAGCUGAACACACAGUAAAUAGACACAGGUAUCCUCUUGAAGCUCACAUAGUAAACUUUGCCAGUGAAUACAAAAAUAUGAGUAAUGCAGUAAAAUUUGAAGACGGAAUUGCAGUGUUAGGUGUACUUUACGAUAUGUCUCCUGAUGAUGACAUAGAACUGCAAGCGUUAACAGAUAUUCUAGAUGAAGUGGAAAAUAACCAAAUAUCAUUCCACGUGAACAAAGAGAUUCAACUUCGCAGUUUCCUACCCCGGGAUGUAGCAGGGUUCUUUCGCUAUGAUGGAUCCCUAACGACACCAGGUUGCGAUGAAUCUGUUACAUGGACAGUAUUUACGAAUACAUUGCCAAUAUCUCAUAAUCAGAUUAAACGCUUUGAAGCAAUAAAGAGCGAAUCAGGCAAAGUGACCGAAAACUUCCGCGCUUUACAGAAACUUGGAAAUCGUACUUUGUACAUAAAAAAGAGCCCUUUACCCCAUAACGGAUGCGGAUAUGCACACGUUAAUGUUUUGAUAUUAUUGUCUAUUAUAUGGCUACCUUUUACAAUCGUAUAAUUAAAAGUGUUUGAUAAU